AUGCUUAGUGUUGGUCUGCUCACUUUCUUCUCCACAUACUCUUUGAGUUACGUUUCUACACUAACAAAGGAGAGAUCAGACGAAAAGACCUCGUACAGCGACCUUGCUGCAAAGUUUUCUAAAAAGCUUAGAACUAUGGUCUCGAUGUCUUUGGUCGUUAACUCUUUAGUUACUUCCUUUUCCUUUACUCAGACCUUCCUCCGAAUAUUCUUAAAUACUCUGAGAUAUAAUGAAUAUCUCAAUACCCUCCUUGACGAGAAGGCUCAUCCCGUGAAUUGCUAUAUAGCCAGAGCACUGAUUCUGUUGAUCAUAUGCUCUAUUUACUUCUAUGUGUUCCAGCUUGACAACCUUGCUUCCCUCUCGUUUUUCUCGCAGUUUAGUCUCUUUACGGCCAUCUUCUUUAGUGCUGUAAUAUCCCUCUAUGGAUUAUUCAAUCCCGUUUCUAAUGACCAGAUGUCUCUUCCCGCGUCUGAAAGCGGAUUAAACUUGGUUGAUCCCCUUGGUGCUGUCAUAUUUGCCUUACACUGUCAGUUUUCAUAUUUGGAUAUCUUCAACUCAAUGAAGGAUACUUCACUCGAGAAUGUUAGGAAUGUUACGGCUAUCGCUUCCAUUUUCGCUACUGUUCUGUAUGGAUCUGUUGGAUUUUUAGGUUUCAAAGCUGUUGGUGCUGCUGUUGGAAAUGAUCCUGUUAUUUUCCAUUUUGCCUCCUCCUCAUCUUCAAUUGUUAAGGACCUGACCGAGAGGUAUGGCAUAUACCUUGGAGGCUACCUUCCAAAGCUUCUUCACAGUAUGUUCUGUCCAAUAUUCUUUAGCGGCAACAUAUUCAAUAUGUUUUCCAUCACUCCUAUUUUGCAGAACUGGCUCUCAAUCAAGGGCAAACCUGCUUCUCGCUCAACCAUUGCAUUCUUAGCAUGCGCAUUUCUCUUUGUUGGCUCAGUUAAGCCAGUUGAGAACUUGGGAUCUGUAUUUUCUAUUGCAGGAUUCUUACUGACAACUCCACUAUCGUUCUUGUUUCCUGCACUAUUUGUGAUAUGUGCAUCUUCCAAGCUGAACAUUAUGACAGUCGGCUCUGGUAUUGUGAUAUGUCUUAGUGUUGCGAUAAUGAUUGGGCUUACCCUCAUGAAGCUCAACUGGUUACCAUUACUAAAAUGA